AUGUCACGGCGACCAACACUUGUCUCGACUCUUAGACAAAACGUGCUGCUUGUCUUGGUGCUUUGUUUACCUGCCAAUGCCCUCUACGUCUUCAGAUCCCCACCCGCUUACCUUGAGGGUCCUGAAAACCAAAUCGACGACCCGACUUACCAUACUGGAUCUGUCUUGGACGUUGUGUGGAGUCAGUCGCAGGCAAACCCGGUCUCAAUAUAUUUGUGGUCAACAGGCUCGGACCCUACAUCACAAAUUGUCUGUCAGCAUCCCAUAGAGCACACUACUGGCUCUGAAUCGUGCAAAUGGACCGUCGAAACUUCGCAAGACCUAACAAUCUCCAACAAGUUCUUCCUUAUGAUGUACGUUAACGGCAAGGGACGCUAUGUUGCCAGAACGCAUCAGUUCGUAAUCGAAAGAAAUUCAUCAAGCGCAACUGCGACAGCACAAAAGUCUUUACCGAGCGCUACAGAUAUAUCACUCAGUACCAAUACCGCUCUUUCCGUUUCCAGUCCCAGUCCCAGUUCCAGUCCUAGUUCCAGUCCCAGUUCCCCGGCUGCCACUUCAAGCUCGUCUGUUUCAAGCUCUGAACUCUCUACUGGCGCCAAAGCAGGCGUGGGGGUUGGAGUGGUGGUCGGAGUGGCGGUUAUUGCUGGAGUUGCCUUCAUCUUCAUCCGCAGGCGACGUCGCCAACCCAAAUUUUCCGAGGAAGCAACCCAACCUACCGAUAGACCAGUUGAAUCCGGACGUCAUGGGAUAUAUGAGGCACCGGGCUCAAUACCAGAAAUGACGGCCGAGCUUGACAAUGAGGGUGGAGCGAAGUUCGCGGGAAUCGAACCCAAUGUUGUGAAAGACAAGAAUGAGGGAGGGCCACAGGAGCUUUAUGCACCCGUCGAAAGAGAAGCCCACGUGGAACUACCGGCAGACCAAGAGAGACGAACCUGA